AUGAAGCUCCCGGAUGACAAAUGUCGUUUGUUAUCAAAAUUUUAUUUACUAGCAAAUGCACAUAUAAUGUCCAAUUUGCCAUCUCCAUCGAAACAAUUGACUGAACCAUCAACGUUGCACUUUUGGAAAAUUAAGCAUAAUCAAAUGAUUAGUUUAGGUACUAAAUCGAAGGAACAUGUAACAAAAAUCAUUAUGAAAACCAAUAAUUAUGAAAUUUCCUUCAAAAAACUUGAUGCAAAAAAAUUGGUGGAAUUAUUUACAUGUUUGGAAUCUGCCCAACAUGCACUCGACACAUAUCUUUAUAAAAAGGAUCAGCAAUGA